AUGUAACUUUAUCCUGAGUUGCCAGUCUUUAAUAAAAUUCCGUCGAUGAUAUCCAGAAUCUUAGUUAUAAUUCAAAGCUCUGCGUGCUAAAUACGCUUCGCCUACGCACGCAUACGAUUGGUCGCAUCCCACGCAGUUCUACAUUUUCACGCACUAUCAUUGGUAUCAUUAGUCGCGACUGACAACUGACAACUCGUUUGAUCCGUCAGGUGAUUACGAUCUUUAGCUGACAUUGACCUGGCAAACAAAUUAUUUUUAUUGAUGUCCGCUCGUCGUCAUAUCGCCAUCGUUCGCCGUUCAUCAUUUGAUAACAUUAGUCGGGAAAUAAAAUAUACUUAACCUCAAAACGAACGUCUGAUCAUGACAUCUUCGUCGUGAAUGUGUGCGUCUCGUCUUCCUUGUCGUCGAGCGAUCGCAUUCGUCGACAAAGAGUGCGAAAACAUUUCCUCAGGAGAGACAGAUAUUUUCGACUCGAAGAAUUCAAGAAAGAAAGAGAGACAAAAAGAAAAUUGUUGGAGAUAUUAUCUUAUUAAUUAAUGACCAGUCGAGAAGCAUACGCGACAUAAUGACUAAUGGUCGCGUCUAAAUGAGAGCCACAGGCAAUUUCGAAAAUAGGCUGACUACACUUUUUACAAUGUACUUUUUAUCUACUUUGGAUACAUUUGCUACAGUAGAUCUGACAAUUGUAUAAUGAAUCGUUCAAGAAAAGUCUUAAUUAAAUACUAAAAUUGAUGAAAAGAAGGAUUCUUAAACUAGUUCAAAAUGCAACAGUGUUGUUUAAACUACCAAGUCCUAUUGUGGCUUCUCCUUUUAAUUCUGUAUGCUACAUACAGUAGUGCAGAUAUUUUAGUAUUUUCUGCAGUGGCAAGACAUCAAAUUGAAGAAGAAUUUCGCGAUAUGCCUGCCAAAUUUGGAGGUAUAAUACCAUCAGAAGGAAUUAAGGGUAUGGCAGUUUAUGCCAAUCCUCCCAGUGCAUGCCAGAAGAUACAACCUCCGCCUAAUAUUACUGAUUACAAUGGUAAUUGGAUAGUUUUAAUACGACGUUACAACUGUAGUUUUGAAAUAAAAGUUCGAAUGGCACAAGAAGCUGGAUAUGAUGCUGUUAUUGUACAUAAUGUAAACAGCAAUGAAUUAGAACCAAUGUCAGCAAAGGAUCCUGUAGGAAUUUUGAUACCGGCUGUGUUUGUUGGUGAUGUUACAGGAUUAAUUAUAAAAGAAAAUUACUUAUACGAUCAGUUAUAUUUUCUAUUGAUUAAUGAUGAUCUGCCAUUCAAUAUCAAUACACACUUACUCUUGCCCUUUGCUAUUGUUGUUGGAAUAUGUUUUUUAAUCAUUGUUAUUUUUAUGAUUGUUAGAUGCAUAAAAGAUAGAAGGCGACAACGGAGACAUAGAUUACCUAGUUCUAGUUUAAAAAAGAUUCCUAUACAUAAGUAUACAAAGGGUGACCCAUAUGAGACAUGUGCUAUUUGUUUAGAAGAUUAUGUGGAAGGAGAGAAGUUACGAGUUUUACCAUGUGCACAUGCUUAUCAUUCAAAAUGUAUUGACCCAUGGUUAACAAAAAAUCGAAGAGUUUGUCCUGUUUGCAAAAGAAAGGUUUUUGCGGCUGACGAGCAGGUUAUGACCGAUGAGAGUGAUUCAGAUGCUGAUGAUACAACGCCUCUCAUUCGGGAUGGCCAUCAAGGUACACAAGGAGGAACGUUCGUGCGACAGAGGGAGAAUCCUUUUAAUAGAGCCAGGAGAUCACAAACUAGGCAAGAUACCAAUAACUCUAGCGAUAGUAGCUCUGAUUCCGAUCAGUCAUCCGUUACUACCGAAGAUAACGUUUUUCCUAGAUCUAAUGAGCCAAUGAAUGUAGCUUGUGAUUUCCUGGUAUCCGAUAGCCAUAGCAUAAAUGGUGAACGACAAGAGUUAGAGCGUUCGGGUAGCAGUACUAAUCCACAUACGGUAAGUUUGUACGCGGGUGCAGAAGAAUUCCCCGCAUCUAUUGUAGAAAUCGCAUCAUCGCAACGCGAGGUAACAGAUCUUGCAACAUCAAAUCCCGAUUGUCAUAUCGAAAUUUCGGAUAAUGCGAUGGCGUUGGCCAAUAGUUCGCAGAAUAAAAACGAUGUUAUUACAUAAUGGCCUAAUGUAACUAUGUGAGAUUAUCAUUAUACGUUACGAUUCAGUUCGUGGAAAGGGUUUUGUCUUUUUUUUUGUUGCGGAGGAACAUUGGUACAAUAUAUUGGUGCACGGCGUUAUAGUAGAAGCGACAUAAGAUAAUGAGAACAGAUAAUCCGAAAAAUUAGAUAGUAUUUUUUAAUAUAGGUGAACUUUCAUACUUCUCUCAAAUGAUGAUAUUACUAUUUUGCUUUAUGCCAAAUAUUUUUUUGCACUAAUGUGUCUAGUGUAUUUAUCUGAUGAAUUACAUAAUAUAUCACGUUUCCUUUCUUUUGCGACGAGUAUCAAACGCAGUGACGUAUCAUGGAUCAAUAACUCCAUAUUUUAUAUAUAACUGCGAAUCUUUUUUGAAAGAAAUAUUUUAUAUAUUUUAGAUUGAAUUUAUGCGAGACAUAUAAAAUCUUGUGUAUAAUGAACGAUCUGUUAUUUACGUUUAAGAGAGAUUAUAUGUUGCCUUAUUUUGUUUUAUUUCUUUUGAUCCUUAAUCAAAGUCGUUUCCAUAUAAAUAUAGUAAGACUGUGCUGGGAUGUAUGCGUGCGUGCAUGCGUGUUAUGUGUGUGUCUAUGUGUGUGUGUGUGCGUGUGCAAAUUGUAAUUUAUCAUUUAAUAACAUAUUUUGUAUAUUAAUUAGCAAUUAUAUACAUAUAUAUGGCCUAAUUGAUUUUUGCAAUUCACGAGGUUAAAUUUAUUUUUUGUAUUUUUCUUGUCAUUUAAUUACCAAAAUAUAAGUAUGAUUUAUUAUAUACUUAUGAAUAAGUGAUUACAUUAAUGGUAAGUGACGAACGCGCUGGUGAUACUGUAAAGAGUAAUAAACGUAACUCCGUUUCUGACAUCGGAUUUGUAAAUAUUAAUAUAUACAUAUAUAACAGUCACAGAGACCAAAAACAUAAAUUCCUUUCAAUGCAGGACAUAGUAUACUGUGAACAACAAAAUAAAUUUCAACUUUAGACUUUAACUUCAUCAAGUUGAAUCUUUAAUGUUAAGUUUUAUGAAAAAUUAUAUUGUUAUUUAACAUAUAUGCUAAUUAACUGUAUGUGAACUAACUAUACUAUUUUAUAUAAAAAAGUAGACUAUAGUACUUAUUAUAUGAAAUGGGCUGUAUACACAAUAUCUGUCGAUAAUUGUAUGCAAAUUUCGUUAUUAUCAAAUAACGUCUUUUUAUUCGAUUUAUCAUCGAUAACGUAAAUAUAGAAAAAAAAUUGCUCCCAUUCUAAUGUGAAAUAGUUGUAUGUUAUUUUUAAAUCAAAUGUGGGGAGAUAUUAAUGCCGUCAACAUUUAUGGAUCAAUAUUUUAUUAUAACGUUUUGAUAGAGAUUUGCUCGAAAAUUUAUUCAUAAAUCAUGAAAACUCAUAUUAAACAAUAUUCUGUUGCUUAUUUAUAUACACACAUAUACAUACACAUGUGUGUAUGCGUGAAUUAAUUUCAAAAGAUAGAAAUAAUAUUGUUUAAACAAAAAUUAGCUGCGAAUAGGAUAUAAUGCGGCAAAAUUGUAAAAAGAUUUGUAAAUAGCAUCGGAGAGAUUUCAUUAUACAAUAAUAUGUGGAAAAUAUUUUUAUUUGUUUUUAUAAUUGUCAAAUUGAGUGUAUUUGCUAUUAUCUUUUAUUGUUUAACGAUAGAUAUAAUAUAUAUUAAUAAAAAUGAAAUGUAUUUAUA